CUCCCCCCUCCACCUUCUUCAUCUCCUUCUUCUACCUCCCUCCCUCUCCCCACCUCCUCAUCGUCGCCUGUUAGUUGGUCCUCGAACACGCCGACACGCUAACUGUCUCUCGAUCUCCCCCGGCCGGCUCCUCCAGCUACCUGCCUCCUCAGCCACCGGCGAACACCCGUUACCGAGCAUGCAGAGCAUGGAUUUGGUGUCGCCGUCCGAGCACCUGUGCUACGUGCGCUGCACCUACUGCAACACCGUGCUCGCGCUGCAGGUUGGAGUUCCAUGCAAGAGGCUGAUGGACACCGUGACUGUGAAAUGUGGUCACUGCAACAACCUCUCCUUCCUCAGCCCGCGGCCGCCGGCCAUGGUGCAGCCGCUCUCCCCAACUGAUCACCACCACCCCCUGGGGCCGUUUCAGGGAUGCACUGACUGCAGGAGGAACCAGCCGCUGCCACCGCUCGUCUCACCGACAUCAAGUGAUGCCAGCCCCAGAGCUCCCUUUGUUGUUAAGCCCCCAGAGAAGAAACACCGGCUUCCAUCUGCUUAUAAUCGAUUCAUGAGGGAGGAAAUACAGCGUAUCAAAGCUGCGAAGCCAGAUAUCCAACACAGAGAGGCCUUCAGCAUGGCUGCUAAGAACUGGGCCAAGUGCGAUCCUCGCUGCUCAUCAACUGUUUCUGCUUCCAACAGCACCCCGGAACCCAGAGUAGUAUUGCCCGGUCCUCAGCUGCAGGAGAGGGUCACCGAGCAAGUCGUUGAGAGCUUCGACAUCUUCAAGCAGAUGGAGCGCAGCGUCUAGACAGCAUAAUGGAUGCUGGGAUCGGUACCACUACCGCGUCGGUCGACUGAUCACUUAUCAGCUAGCUCAUCAUCGUCAGGCGCUAUGCAUACAUAUAUUGCAUGCGCGCGCGUGUGUUUAAUUACUGCUGCUUGCUUCUGUCGCGUUAAGUUUCUGGUGUUGUAUGUUAUAUUUGCUGUGUCUGAGUGUGUACGUACGAACCCUUUAAUUCUGAACAGCUGCUACCUUAUAAUAUUUUUCAU